AUCAACAAAGGGGCAAGCAUCCAGAAACUAUGCCAGGAAUGGCCCUUUCUCUUCAAUGAAGUUGGUAUGCCAGCACAUUUCCAAGAGCUGACUGGUGUGAAUCUGAUGGAAACCUUCCUUGCCAAUGUAGACAAAAAAGGGGCACGUCUGUUAAAGUUCCUGAGAUAUGUUGAUGCACAAAAAAGCAAACGAGUCCUGAACACUCUUCUCAAGCUUCAGACUGAAAGAGGUCAGCCCAGUGGUUGCUCCCAAGAAGUCACUGAGAUGCUGCUUCUUUUACUGGCUCAUUUUGAUGAGAAGGAAGAGCCUCUGUUCCACUGUGUUGAGACGACAAGCCUUGCAGAGGAUGUUCAGAUGGAGAAAGUGCCACCAACACCCUUCAUUAUUGUUUGUGGUUCCUCGUGCUUCGCUGCUGAGACAUUCAUGUUGAGCAUCGACAAGAAGAUUGUCAACGACCACAUCACAACCUUCACCUCCGCCAUCUGCCUAAUGUUUGGCAGUUAUUACUGCUUUAACAUACACUACCCAGUGGAACUACGAUCAACACUGGAGUUCCUCCAACGGUGUUUCUUUUCCAUAAAUCCUGAGAGAGGCACCAAGGUUGAAUCCAAGAAGAAAAAAGUGUUCUCAGUCAAUCCCAGAGUCCUCACUCUCAUCACAGACAUUGCUGACCAUGAGUGGAUCUAGUACUACCCCUCUUGUUGUGGACAAUGUGAUAAAGGUGUGUUACAGACUCUACAGAUGUUUUUGUUGUUGAAACAGUUGUUACACCUCUGAAUGUCAGUGAAAAGUUAACAAUUUGGAGUAUCACUAAACAAGAUUUGUUAAAGUACCUGUUCAUUUUUUUUGCUUGUUAGUUCCAGGAGUUUUAGAUUAUAAUUUUCCUACAGUAAUUGUGCAUUCUAAUGAUGUAAAAAGGUGGCUGCAUGUACAUCACUAGCUAGCAUUUUGUAAAUCAAAAACUUCUGUAAAGUUCUCAAGUGUAAAGUUUUUUUUGUUUCCCUUUUUUUCAAUUACAUGAUGCAGCUUAAAGAUGCAGUUUCAGCUUUACUGCACAGUUCUGUGCAUAAAAUAAGUCAAAGUAAUUUAUUUUCCUGGAAUUUCUUGAAUUCAGAUUUUAUUGAAAUAGAAAAAGUUUAUUUUCUUAUAACUGCAUUUGCAUAUUUUAAAAUAUGGAACAUUUAUCUUGUUUUAACAUUUUUGUAGUGCAAACAGCACUACAAAGUUCUCAAAGUUACGGUAAAGGUGUUUGCAAAUUGUCUGCCACGGUUGAUGUAAAAUGUAUGCUCAAACACUGGUUUUGCACAAUUUGAAGAGAAGUCAUUGAGACAGUCCUUGGUGAUUUGAGUGAAAUGUUUAAUAUUUGAUGUUCACAACUUCA